AUGCGCCGCCCUUUCUUUGAUAUGUCCGACUCACCGGUCGCCCGCGGAAACAACCAAGUGUCUGCCCCGACCCAGGCCAAGUCGGCCUCUGUGCCGAAUACUAAAGGCCCUGAUGUGAAACCUCGUCUACUUCUAAUGGGACUCCGCCGGAGCGGGAAGUCCUCGAUUGCUAGCGUAGUGUUUCAUAAGAUGCCUCCAAACGAGACACUCUUUUUGGAAUCUACCACGCGCAUCCAAAAGGACUCAAUCCACUCUUUUAUGGACUUCCAAGUCUGGGAUUUCCCCGGCCAACUGGAAUAUUUCGAGUCCGCGUUUGACCUCGAGGACAUCUUCGGUAGCCUGGGCGCCCUUGUCUGGGUCAUUGACGCACAGGAUGAUUACCUGGACUCGGUAGCGCGGCUCAACCGCACCAUUCUUACCGUGCAACAGUUCUACCCCGGCAUCAACAUUGAAGUGUUCAUCCAUAAAGUGGAUGGACUUUCUGAUGAGUACCGCACCGACACUUUCCAAGAUAUUGUGCAGCGCAUCUCAGAUGAGCUCAGCGAUGCUGGGUAUGAGAAUGCGCCUGUGCACUAUUACCUCACUUCCAUCUAUGACUACUCUGUAUUCGAGGCGUUCAGCAAGGUUAUACAGAAACUCAUUCCUAAUCUGUCUACACUCGAGAACCUCAUCAACACAUUGGGCAACAACUGUGGCUUCGAAAAGACCUACCUCUUUGACGUACUGAGCAAAAUCUACAUUGCCUCUGAUACACGUCCAGUGGAUAUGGCUUGCUACGAGAUGUGCUCGGAUUAUAUUGAUGUGAUUGUCGAUAUCUCUGAGCUAUACUCGUGGGAUCACCCAGCUCGCAAGCGAUUGGGAGAACAAAUACAAGAAGCCGAAAGUCAUGUAGUGUUGCAUGACCAAACUAUGAUUCACCUGAUGGAGAUGAACAAGUAUCUUUGCUUGGUAUCCGUUAUUCGAAACCCCGAAGCGAAAGAUAAGCGGGGUUUGAUUGAUAUGAACUGUCGGACCUUCCAAGACGCCUUGAACGAAGUGUUCUCGCGUAGUUGGGAGGGAUCUGCACCACAAGAUGCAGCCCCCGCCGAAAUCAAGUGA